GCCGAAGAAAAUCAAUUCCCAAACCAAAUAUAUAAAACAUCACAAAAUCAUAGAAGAAGAAGAAGAAGAAGAAAAAGGGUUUCUCAAUUUCCAAAAUCUGAGUGAAAAAUCAUUGCAAGAACAGAAACAAAAUGGAAUCAGAAAAUUUGGUGAAACAAGAAUUGGAGGAAUUGCAGAAACAAUUGGGGAAGAAGCAGAAAUUCGAAGACGCUGUGUCAUCUCUCAAAUCUCUGCUCCAAACCACGUAUCCAUUAGCUUCCACCUCUCUUCGAAAAUCGUUUUAUUCUGUUAUAUGCCGAGUUGCGACAGUGUUGAAGACGAGAUAUACAGCACCCGGUUUUUGGAGUGCUGGCCUGAGCCUUUUUGAGCAGGCUAUAUUGUUUGUUUCUGAACCCUCUGAAAAGGAGCACUUGAAGGCUUGCAUUGCUCAGGCCAGGGAACAUUUGCAUCUAGAAGACAACCCUUCACAAACUUCGCAACCUGCAGUAAAUCGUGAAAAUAGAGGAUAUCUUUUUGAGGGGCACCUUACGGUAGAUCAAGAGCCACCACAACCUGAAUGGAUGGUGCAGGCAAAUCUCUUGAAUGAAGCUGUUCGACUAUUUGAAGCUCAACCCUCUCAGGGUUUAGCAACAAAUGACACCACGCCAGAGGAUGUUGCUAGUGUGCUUGAAAUGCUUAGAAAUAGAUUGGAAGAAGUUGUGCCCCUGAUGGAGACUGGUGGUCCUGCAGCUCCAAGAGUUCCUCCUGCGAGUAAAGAAGUUGUCUCAAAACUUCCUGUCAUUACUCUCACCGAAGAGAUCCUGUCUAAGAUGGGGAAAGAUGCAGAGUGUGCCAUUUGCAGGGAAAAUUUGGUGUUAAAUGACCAAAUGCAAGAGUUACCGUGCAAGCACACAUUCCACCCUCCAUGUUUAAAGCCAUGGCUGGAUGAGCACAAUUCUUGUCCUAUCUGUCGUUAUGAGCUGCAAACUGAUGAUCAUGCCUAUGAGAGCUGGAAGGAACGUGAAAAGGAAGCGGAAGAGGAGAGGAAAGGUGCUGCAAAUGCUCUUCGAGGCGGUGAAUUCAUGUAUGUUUAGACGGCUAUUCAAUGCAAUUACGAUGUAUACUAUGGUUUACCCUGAAAUAAGGGAUUAAAAAUUUCCUGGUGGUGAAUAGUUGUGUAUUCUUCAUUAUUUGAAAUUAUAUAGUUAUCUCGUCUCAUGUUUUAAGUGUGACUGCUAUUCCUUGAAAUUUAAUAUCUCGCUUUAUAGUUUUUCUGAACAA